UUCGUCCACCCCUCUCUCUCGGCGCGUUACAACCGUACCCCAGGAGGCCAGGACCCAUCCCACAGCUCCUCUUAAGUCCUCCCCCCAUCUCUCUCUCUCUCUCUCUCUCUCUCUCUCUGCCCCCUUCUUCAGAGCUCCACUCGAACAAUUCCUCGAUCCCCGAGUCUCGACACCCCGUCUCUUGAUCCAUUCCCAUGGGGAAUCCCCGAAUCCCCCUCUUCCUCUUCUUUUGCAUCCUCUUCUCUCGAGUCUUCGCCCUUUCCUCAGCCCGCUUCUCUCCCCCCGACAACCACCUCAUCGCCUGCGGAACGGCCUCCGCCUCCACCCUCGACGACCGCCGCGUCUUCCUGCCCGACUCCGCUGCCCUCCUCCGCUCCUCGGGCUCCAAGAUCUCGGUCUUGGCGGUGCCGGACGCAUCGCCGGCCUCCUCCCCUCUCUCCCGGACGGCUAGGGUCUUCACCCGCCCCUCCUCCUACGAGUUCCAGAUCAAACAGAAGGGUACCCAUAUAAUCCGCCUUCAUUUCUACCCGUUCUCCUCCCGGGAUUUCAACCUCUCCUCCGCCCUCUUUCACGUUUCGGCUUCCGGCUUCGUUCUCUUGACCGAUUUCGGCACCUCCUUUCCUCAAUUGAAGGAAUAUCUCGUCUGGGUGGACGCCGAGAAGCUCGUGAUCUCGUUCGCCCCUGCUCGAAGAUCCUCCUUUGCCUUCGUCAAUGCAAUUGAGGUCGUCUCGGCUCCUGGGGAUCUCAUCGGCGACACCGCGAGGUUAGUAAAUCCUGAUCGAAUUGAAAAGUUUGAUGGCUUCUCGAGGCAGGCGAUGGAAACGCUCUACCGGCUCAACGUUGGAGGCCCAAAGGUCACACCUUUUAACGAUACUCUUUGGAGGACUUGGGUUCCCGAUGCCGGUUUCAGGAAUUCGGAUUCCGUGUCCAAAACUGUGGCUUUCAGUGGAAGGAUUAUGUACCGCGAGGGUGCGGCGAGUCGCGAAGUAGCUCCCGAUAAUGUGUACAACACUGCCAGAGCAGUGGAUGGUGCGAAUGUUUCGGAUUCCAAUUCCAACAUGACAUGGGUUUUCGCAGUGAGGUCUGGUUACAAGUACCUUAUCCGGAUGCAUUUCUGCGAUAUUGCUAGUCGAGCUCUCUAUGAGUUAUAUUUCAAUGUUUAUGUCAAUGGGUAUUUGGCCUAUGAAGAUUUUGAUCUCUCGAUGGCCACCGGUUUCCUGGCUUCACCCUAUUACGUAGACUUUGUAGCUGGCGUAGAUAGCUUGGAGCAGCUUUUAAGUGUAAGCAUCGGUCCUUCUAAGCAGAGCAACCAUUUGUGGAUAAAUGGAUUGCUAAAUGGGUUAGAAAUUAUGAAAAUUAACAAUACAAUGGGCAGUCUCGAUGGAGAGUCUCCGAUUAUUUUGGUUCUGGAGAGUCCGGCAAGAAGAGGCUUCGGAGCAUUUCUUAGUUCGAUUGUAUGUGGACUUGGUUUUAUGAGCUUGUUGAUGAUUGGAUUUGUGUUGUUGCUGAAGUGGCGGGCUGAGACAAGGAACACCGUGACAUGGUUGCCCUUGCCUACAGAUGUUUCAGGUGGUAAAUCAGCUAACGGAAAUCCAGUGGUGUCAAGUAAAUUAGUAUACUUUUGAAGGCUAGGAUAAGGAUUUUGUAAAAUAUAAUUUCAAUCGUUUCAGUGUGGAUUGUGGAAUAUCUACCACGAAGCUUGUAUGAAGCGCUUAAACUAUUUGUAUGAGUAUUAUAAGCUAUUUUCCUUUAUGUAGGUGGUAUCAUUUAUCUUUGCUUUUGAUAAUC